AUCUCAUACACUCCUUCGGAUUGAUCUUUCAACGGUCUCCUACAGCUCCUAGAGUACUUAAAAGAAAAAGGAUUUUUUUUGGAGCUCCGACUCCUUUCAGCUGUCAGACAAAGUUGAUCGAUCCCCUAUUGCCGAGUUCGCCUCCUCCCAACAAAAAAGUGGAACUGAUCAUCGGCUCCCAAGAGCCUCUAAACAAACAACUCCGACGAAUUGAUUCCUCCUCCGCCUCCUCAUGGUACAAUGACUCCCUGACAGCUCGCCCUCACAAUCUCACCUGCAUCUCCUGCCAUUUUUGCCUCGCCUGGAGCCGCGUGCAUCUAUCCUCAGCUCUCCUCUCCCUCUGUCAGCAGCGCCCCACCACCACCCGAAAGUCGCUCCUUUUGAACCCGUACCACGAUACAGAAUAUAUCUUUGUGCUGGGGCACACAAGAUUGACAAGAUGCACGCCACGAGUCCUGCGUUGACGGUCGAGACGUCGUACGAGGAGAUUAGUACUGCUGCAAGUGUUACUGGGAGGGAAGAGAUGAAGCCGAUUUAUAUGAGGCGACAUUCGAGCUUUCAUCCGAGGCGGAAGAGCUCUGAAUGCAUUAUGGAUGGCGAAGAAAGCUUACUGCUAAAGGUUGAUCUCUUCCUUUCGGAACUCGAACGCAGACUAGAUUUCCUGGAAAAUUACGGGAAUCUCAACUUCGAUGCUGGAAUCUCGAGGGCGUAUGCUACGUUACAGGCUGUGAGGACGAGAUGUUCACAAGUCUCUGGGGAAGUCAUCGGUGAAGGGAAAAGGAGGGCGAAAGUUAUGGUGGAGACGGUAGAGACGAGAUACUAUGAUGUUUUGGCGGCGAAAGAGACGUUGAAUGAGAAGAUUAGUACAGGGAUUGGAUUGCUUGAAGGGAUCUUGUCGGACUUUGAGGCAAAAGCGUAUAAGAUGACGGAACAGGGCUUUGCUGGUGCAGCUGGCAGUCUGAUGGACGAGGGCCGGAGGGUUGUCGAUGGGGGCUUUGAAAGAGCUCAUGAGAUCAUCGAUGAGGGGAUUGAGAGAGCGAAGAAAGCUGCUGAAUCACUGGAAGAGCAUAUCCAGAGCGCCAUUGCCCGAGCCCGAGAACAUGGUCUCAUCCGCUACGAAGAUCUACCAAUACCAUGGCGUGUCAACCCUCACAUCGUCAAAGGAUACCGAUUCAAGGAGUCCAAAAUCGAGUGCGUACACUCCAUGUUCGGUAUCUCCAAUGAGUUGGUCAACAUCUGGAGUCAUGCAAUUGGCCUCAUGAUCGUCCUCGCUAUCGCCUUCUAUUUCUACCCUACCAGCGUCAAUUUCUCCCACAGCACCAAAGCCGACGUCUUCAUCGCAGCAGUCUUCUUCUUCGCUGCGUGUAAAUGCCUGGUAUGCUCAACUAUGUGGCAUACAAUGAACAGUGUGGCGGACCAAACACUCAUGGAACGGUUUGCUUGCGUCGACUACACAGGUAUUUCACUCCUCAUCGCCGCCUCGAUCAUGACAACCGAAUACACAGCUUUCUAUUGCGAACCCCUAAGUCGUUGGGUAUACAUGACUGCAACUGCUACGCUGGGCAUUGGCGGUGUCAUCCUCCCCUGGCACCCUACUUUCAACCGAUCAGACAUGGCAUGGGCACGAGUCGCCUUCUAUGUUACACUUGGAGCUACCGGCUUCGCUCCAGUCCUGCAACUCAACCUAACCCGAGGAGGCGCAUGGGCCUGGGAAUUCUACGCUCCGAUCGCGAAGAGCAUCACCGUCUACCUCGUAGGAGCAAUUGUUUACGCAAGCCAAGUGCCUGAGAGAUGGUUCCCCGGUGCGUUUGACUAUAUCGGAGGCAGCCAUAACCUGUGGCAUAUUGCCGUACUUGGUGGGAUUCUAUUCCAUUAUGUGGCUAUGCAGGAGUUCUUCGCUGGUGCGUUUCUGAGAGCGGAGAAUGGGUGUGCUGCAUAUUAAUGGUUGAGUAAUGAGGUAUGAGUUGUGAUGAGAGAAAAUGGGUCUUUGGCAUGGCGACGGCGUUUGGUUUAGAUGUAUUAGGUAAGAUGAGACAUGGAUGGAAGAGCGUGAACGGUAUAAUGUCACAUUCGUUCGACAAUUGUCAAGGGCAGCGUGACCUGGAUGAAGCAUGAAUUGAGAGUCUCAAGAGCUUAGGACCUGAAAUGAAGAUAUCAGGAAUUGGUGAAAGGUGACAAGUUGUCAUCCCUAUUCUACCUUGCAAAUAUUUUAUAGUAUAUCGUCUCAAUGUUUCAAAGUUCUGGUACAUUGAGAUUGUCACAACCUGUCAAGUGAACCUCCG